UCAACACCACCACCGCCAAAGGGAACGGAAGGGAAGGGGAGGGUAGGGUUGCGACCUAUUUCCCCAAAAAUCCCCCACCCCACACAAAGUGAGUGAGAGAGAGAGAGAGAGAGAGAGUUGCAAUUUGCAAGGAGAUCAAAGGAAAGAAGAAAGGAAGGACCCAACCCAAUAUACAAUACACAUACCACUGGUAUUAAUCAGUAUGGAUUCCUCACAGAACUCGGGUGGUAUUAUAAAUCCUCAGCAAAACAGCGAAGCAUCGACCACCGAAACAACAAGCGACGAUCCGAAGCAAAACCUAAACCAAGUGAUCAACUCCAUACAGAAGACUCUGGGACUUAUCCACCAGCUUUACCUCACCGUCUCUUCCUUCAACGUCGCCUCCCAACUCCCCCUCCUCCAACGCCUGAAUUCGCUUGUUUUGGAGCUCGACACCAUGACUAAAAUGGUUGACAAGUGCAAUAUCCAGAUCCCCAUGGAGGUCCUCAAUUUAAUUGAUGAGGGGAAGAAUCCGGAUGAAUUCACUAGGGAUGUGUUGAAUGGCUGCAUUGCCAAAAACCAGAUCACCAAAGGCAAAACCGAUGCCUUCAAGAGUUUACGGAAGCAUCAUCUAGAGGAACUUGAACAGGCAUUUCCAGAUGAAGUGGAAUCUUAUAGGGAGAUUCGAGCUACUUCUGCAGCUGAAUCAAAACGGAUUGCACAAGCACAUAGUAUAUUACCAAAUGGAGAUGUGAAAGUCAAGCCCGAGCUAUAAGAACCAUCGUCAUUGAAGAACAAGGUUAAUUUAGUUAUUGGGAUUCGAGGUUCGCAGCUGCUGCUUAUGGGGGCCAAUUUUCAUGUAUUUUAGGAGAGUAAGAAUCUCAGAUACCAAAUAUCAACUUUUAAUUUUUCUAUUCUUUUUAUUUUUAUUUUUUGUUUAUUUUUUUGUUCUUUUACUUUUAUAUGUGUGACACUGUAGAAACCAUCCCAAUGAUGAACUUUUCUAGUUCCUACUUUCCAAAGCCAUCCAAGAUAUUGAUCAUUGUAGUUUGUAAUUAUAAAACUACAACUGUCGUGCCAUUCUAAAUGUCUAUGGCAUGUCAUUCUAAAUGUCUAUGGAGGACAUAUUUUGGUAUGAUUCUCAGUUUUGUAUGGAAUAAUAUUAUUAUUUUAGGUUGGAAUAUACUUAAUUUGUAUGAAAUUUGAUAUUAAAAGUUAUUAUUUUUUGGAU